AUGUCAAACUUCUUUAGAGAUAGUUCUUUGGGGUUUAAACCAAGAUCAAAUAUUUUCUCAAAGUUAAGAACCGAGAAGGAACCGAAUCAACACACUCAGAAUGAAGAAAUAUUACUAUCUGAAGAAGAAGAAGAAGAAGAUUCUUCCAUGAUUCAUCAAAUUCUUAUGGAGGGCUCAAAGAAACAGAACGAUUACCAUACGUCCUUGAGCACAAACGGUACUACUUUAAAUGACUAUAAUGAGGGUGAAAAGGUUACGAGUAUGGAUGGCAGCACCCCCUUAAUGAGAAAAAUUGGCGUUGACUCCCACGUAAAGAAAAGCAAGGAAUCAAAUGAUGAUACGGAAGAUUUUGAAAUCACUGAAGUUAGAAAUGUUUCUACUCCAUCAAAGGGAAGGGAAAAGACACUUUUUGGAAAUGAAGUAGAAAAUAAGUCAGAUAAAAUUGAGAAGGAUAAAGUACCAAGUGCGCCUUCAAACAACGGAGACUCCUCUAAUGACGUUCUUUUAGAGGCAUUCACUAGUACGCAACGAAUCUGUGCUACUUUGAAACAGGAAUUACAAACCCAACAAUUGGAAAAUAAAAAGCUCAAAGUGCAAAUUCGAAAUUUUGAAGUAGAUUCCGGAAAAAUCCAUACAAAAGUCGAGAAAUAUCACCAAUUAUUGAAAGCUUUACAAGAAAAACUUAAAAUUCUUUUGAGUGAAAGGGAUAAGAAUAGCCAAGAUUGUGCUGAACUGAAGAAAACUUAUGAAACAUUUCAAGAGAAAAUAACCUGCUAUAGAAAUGCAAUUUCGGACAUGAAAGGGUCCAUUUCUAAUUUAAAAUCAUUAAAAAAGGACACUGAACUAGAACUGAUGAAGAAGGAGAAGGAAAUUGAAUACUUAAAGAGAGAAGUAGAUGACACUUCUGGACAAUUAAGUGAGGAAAAAAUUAAAAAUUGUUCUUUGCUCCAAGAAUUUACCAAGACUAGGGAAACAUUGAAGGAAAAUUUCGAAUCCCAAAAAGAAGAUUUGAAGGAAAAGACAACAUCCAUGGAGAACUGUUUACGAACUUUAUUUAAAGAUGAAAUGACCAAACAAUUAACUGAGAUAGAAAAAAUUUCCAAUCAAAACUUUGAAGCGUAUCUUGAGGAGAAUUCUAAAAGUCUAACUACUGAAUUCAAGAAUAUGUUUGAAACACAUGAGGGGGAAGAAUUCAGUAAAAUGGCCAAACAUCAUGAAGAAGAAUUAGAGCAAUUCUUAGAACAAAAAAUAAAUGUGUCUCAAAUACUAAAUGCCUUCGAAAAAAAUUGGACCUCUUCAAAUGAGAGCAACAACAAUCAAAUUUUAGAACUAUUAACGAAAGUAAUAACAAAGGUAAAAGAUUCGGAUGAGGGCAACCACCAACUACUAACCAACAUAGACGAAAAUAUAACUAAGUAUAAAGAGGCAUUAACUAAAGGUGAAGAAUAUGAAAAUAGGAUCAAACAUUUAGAAAAUAAACUAUCGGCAUUGGAAGAACAAAAAAUAGCGAAUAUUAGUGCUCUUGGAACCAAGGAUGCUCAAUACGAAGAAUUGGAGAAAAUACUAGCCACUAAAAACAUUCAGAUAUCAGAGCUAGGCAAAGUUGAGAAAGAUUUAACGACAAAACUAGCAACCUUAACUUGUGACCUGGAAAAUUCCAAAUCAGAAUUAGAGAAUUUGAGAGAAUUGACGAACACACAGAAGUCUAAUUGGGAAAAUAAAAUUGCAUCUCAAACUGAAAUUUCAAAUAUCUUGACAUCAGACAACGCAAUAUUAAAGAAACGAAUUAUUCAAUUAGAAGAAUCCAAGAUCAAAUACGAAGAGGAGCAAUUCAAUCGAUUGGAUAAAUUUCAGAAGAACAAUGAACAACUACAAAGACUGAAUGUUGAACUCGUCCAGUUAAAAGCGCAUGAGCUCGAGCUAGAAGAAGACAACAGAAGUUUGAAAAAACAAUUGGAGAAAAAUACUAAUGAACAAGAUGAAAACGCUUGCGAAGUCCAAUCACUGAAAAAGCAAAUAACGCAAUUAAUAUCAGAACGGCAAUUAUCAUUAUCCGAUAACUUAGAUUUGAAAGACAAAUAUGAGGAAUUACAGAAUAUAAUAAAAGCCAAAAGCCAAAAGAUGGUUGUCCUGGAAAAACGUUUAGAGGAUCGACAAACGACGGACCAAAAACAAAAGAAGAAAGUUUCGUCCCCACAUUUUGCAGAUAACAAAAGCAAACUAAAGCAAGAUGAGGAAAAAAUCAAAAUAAAACCACGAGAACACUCGAUAGUUAAGAAACCAGAGGCUGAAAUUAUGAAUGAUGAAUUUGAUUUGUCAUCGUCUUCAAAUGACGAUCUGGAACUUACUAAUCCGUCACCAAUUCAAUUAAAAGCUUCCAAGACACGCACUAAAAGGGAUAGCGCCUUGAUGAAGCCACCAGGUCAUAUAAAGAAGAAAAUAUUGCUUGUUGAAGACGAAUAUUCAGAGAAUAAAAAGAAGCGAAGACGUCAUUGA